AUGUCUAGGCGAUCACCAGAGGGACCUGAAUAUGCCCAUUUUGCUAUGAUCUACAUAGAUAACGAUGGGAAUCUUUGCCAAAGAGCCUCUGAUUCCAUUUCAGAAAGCCGCCAAACCAUUCUCUCGCCUAGAGUCACACGUGAAUUCCUCAGAGCGGUGGCAAUGUCGAGAGAAGCCCACACAACGCAAUGUCAAGUUUCUCCUCAAAUUCUGUCUAGCGGGGAGCCCCCAUUUAACAACCACACCUCUGCUCUGCCGCAGGGGGUGGCCUACAGUGAAAUGGGGGUUAGUCAACACAGGAUGCAAGCCCCAUUUCAAUCAGAGUCAUCGUUUCGGCCGACAAUGUGGCCCUCAAGCGAGUCUUGGCCUCUACAAGCCAACCCGCAACCCAAGAAGGAUUUCGGAGGUCGGAACCUCAACUUGGCUCUACACCAAAGAGCAUCAAUCUCUGUAAAAGAGAGAGGUUUUUUGCGUCUCUACUAUGAGAAAAUCUUCCAGAACUUGCAACAAACAAACUGUCGAAUCAUUGCCAAAGCCUAUAUCAAAUUAGUUGAGCCGCGCAAGCAAGUCAACUACCCAUACAAUGGACGGAAGAUUGUUGAAGGGAGAACCCAACAGCUGGAUCCAGAGGCAACUAAGCCACCAUGGUGGCCACGUGGAGUGAGCCAUCGGGAGCCAGAUCAUCUUCCAAAAGUUGAACGCAUUCGACUUCUAGUAUACAUGCUCUGCGAGAUGCGCGAAACCCACGGUAUCACAACAACCAGACUAAAACAAUGCGAUCAGCCCAUCCGUCGUCAAAUCCUCCCGGUCGAGCGUUUACAAAUCCUAGACGAGGCAUACCGAGUCCGCGAGGAGGAGGAAAACUUCAUCGAUGGGAUUUCAGAUGGAAAACCUGUGUCUAUAUCCCAAACCAAUCUUCCUCAAAUGACAGAAGACACAUCCAGCGGACAAAGCUCGCCAAUCGAACCAGCCCCUUCUCAGAAAAUGGUCGAGUCCGAGUGCAGCGACGGAAUAUCUGGCAUCGAUAUAACCCAAGCUACCUCCAGAGACCUGUCGAGGGCGUCAUCAUACAAUCCCUCCAAUCCUUAUAGCCCAGCAAUGCACCUGGCCCCAAACACCCAAUACCAGUCUGUCGGCCCUUCUACUGACAUGUCCACGUCGCCAUUGGAAUCGAGGCCCAAAAACGAAUCACUAUCUGCUGGGGCGCAUUUGAUUGAUCAAACACGUCCCGUUAGCAUCGAACACUAUCCAUAUCCUGGGGUUUCUGGUAUUCCACCAACCCAGAUGCAGUUCUAUGGUAACCCUAAUUUGUCCCCGAAUGCAGGUGUUCCAAUCACCCAUACCUCGACAGAAAACUUGUCAACAGAGACAAUGAUGCCAUACGGCCACCCUUACUAUUUUAACUAUUGA